GCAAUAAGUGCUUCUUCAUUUUUGUUUUGUUUCCAACGACUAGAUUUUCUCCUUCAAAUGUUUGAUUCUCAUCAAUAUUAAUGAAGGAAAUCUGGGCAUCGAAUAGUUGGCAAGUUCAUCACAAAGCCCGAGAAUUGUGUUUUGAAUGACCAUGGUUUACUAUCAGAGUUGUCCUUCGGCUGUCAAUGUUUUUGACGCAGUUGGCUGAGUUGUGCGAAUUUUUUUCUGGAUUGAAAAGUAUGAUGGUGGCAAAGUUUAAAUAUUUAAAAAAUGCCGUUUCACAUCAAGCAGAGGUUAAUUAUUGUUUAGUGGGAGAACCAUGAAGAUUGAAAGAAACGUUUAUAGGUCUGAAGCACGAUCAUCUUUCCCUUGCGAAAGGCUGAGUGCAGUUGUCACGUUUGCAAAGUUUGCUGUCAUUAUCAACCAACAGUAUCUUUUGUAUGCAAUAAACAACCCGGGGUAAUUGAUUACCGGUGAUAAGCAGCAGCCUUUGUCUAACAAAGACUGCAAGCUCCAAGCUGCCAAGCGGCGCGGGUGCGCGCGCGCGCGCCGGUGCCGGGCUCGCGCUCCGUUGCUGCGGGUGAAAGGUGAAGGGUGGCGGCGUCUCCUCGGUUACUGGAGCCGCGCUGGGGUCAAGCGGAGACGCGGUGUGGGCGCAGGAGAGCGGGGGACUGGGAGAGGAACGGAACAACGGAGGCAUGUGAAGAGUGGCAGGAAGCGCCGGGGAGACGUCGUUCGGCCGCCGACUGAGCUCCGAGACCGCCGCGGGAUGUGGGUCGCCUCGGCGUCAACCCUCCCGGCUCGUGUUUGAAGCCAUUGAGAGAAGUGGGAGAUCACCCAUCCCAUCGUUCCACCAGCUCGCCGAACUUACCUGUUGUCGGGCUUGCUUCUACAGCGCUCAUUUUAAAGGAUACAACAGUUUGCAUUGUAUUUGUUGCGGUUUUCCAUCACAAGAGAGAAAAGAUAUUCUGCACCUGGUGUUUCAUGUUACCAAUUGGUACGUUUUCUGUUGUUCAGAUAUGAAGAAGCGACACGGUGCAAUGGUAUCCUCAUCAAUGCUUGCUUAACUGGACUUUCAACUCGAUGUUUUAAAAUCGCGGACGUUCAGAGGACUUUAUAUCAAGUUUCACUCCCAUUUCUUCUAGUUUCAAUGCAGCAAUGGGUUGCUUCUGCACGACACAGGAAGAAUUCUAUUGCGAAGUAUUACUUUUGGACGAGACUAAGCUUACCCUAACCGCUCAGCAACAAGGAAUAAAAGGGAUGUUCUCAGAUGUUACAUGGAUCAGAGAAUCAGGCAUGCAGAAAUCUACCAAGGGGUCUGUUGUCCUGGAUUAUGUCUUCCGACAUGUAAACCUGAUGGAGACGGAAUACUUUGGUUUGCGCUAUUGUGACCGGAGUCAUCAAACUUACUGGCUGGAUCCCAUGAAAACUCUCGCUGAACACAAGGAUCUCAUAAACACUGGCCCACCUUAUACAUUAUAUUUUGGUGUAAAGUUCUAUGCAGAAGAUCCUUGUAAACUUAAAGAAGAAAUAACAAGAUACCAGUUUUUUCUACAGGUCAAACAGGAUGUCCUUCAAGGUAGAUUGCCUUGCCCUUUAAACAUUGCUGCACAAUUGGGUGCAUAUGCUCUCCAGUCUGAACUAGGAGACUAUGAUCCUUUUAAGCAUACAGCCAACUACGUAUCUGAAUAUCGAUUUGUUCCUGAUCAGAAGGAGGAUCUUGAAGAAGCAAUAGAACAAUUUCAUAAAGCUUUAAUGGGUCAAGUUCCUGCUGAGGCAGAACUCAAUUACUUACAAGUUGCCAAACUUUUAGAGAUGUAUGGAGUUGAUCUCCAUCCUGUUUUUGGAGAAAACCAAACUGAAUAUUUUUUAGGUUUAACACCAGUUGGAGUUGUUGUCUACAAGAAUAAAAUACAAGUUGGGAAGUAUUUCUGGCCAAGAAUUACCAAGGUGAACUUCAGAGAAACCCAGUUUGAGCUAAGGGUGCUGGGAAAAGAUUGCUCUGAAACAUCAUACUUCUUUGAGGUACCCAACAAAGCAGCCUGUAAGCAUCUAUGGAAGUGCUGUGUUGAAUAUCAUACAUUUUUCAGAUUGCCUGAAACUGAUGAGUAUUCAAAUUCUUUGUCCCGAAAACUUAGCAAGCUGGGAUCUCUAGGGUACAGACACCGAUACAGUGGUAGGACUGCUUUUCAACUAAACAGAGACCAAUCCAUUGAACUACCACGACCGGAUCAGAAUGUGCAGAGAACUCGCAGUAAAACCUAUCCAAAGAGGAUACUCCACUCUCCACAAUCUGGAUCAAACAGUGUCAGUCGCAGUGUUACAAAAACAGACAGUACGAAAUAUGAUGGCCCCACCAAAAUUAUCGCGCCUUCACCAGUGAAAAGCUCCAGGGCAACCAAACUAGAUGGUAGUCCAGCCAUACAGAACAGAACUAGUGCGCCAUGGGAGGAAAAUGGUCCCCAGAGUGGAUUAUUUAUUUCUCCAAAUGAACGUAAUAAAUCACCAAAGUUCCCUCAUCCUAAACGACGGACUGCUUCUGGUGGAAGUGACAAUGAAUUGGUUCAGCCUGGCAGACGAUGGAAGAGUCAAAACAAUGGCGAAGAUAUAGAUCCAAAGCAACAUAGGAGAAGGUCACGUCAGGAGAAUGAGAUGGUGGACUCAGCUCCUCAAUGGGAACAAGUGCUGAGACGGCAGAAAGAAAGAUCAUUAACUGACCCCAACAACAGACGUUCAAAGCACAGAUCACGAUCGAGGAGCCCAGAUGUACAAGCAAAGGAAGAAUUGUGGAAACACAUUCAGCGGGAAUUGGUGGAUCCAAUUGGUUUAACAGAGGAAGAGCUGAAAGAGAUACCGUACACCAAAGUAGAGACUCAAGGUAAUCCAAUACGAAUCAGGCAUUCACACUCGCCUCGAAGUUUUCGACAGUAUCGCCGCUCUCAGUGUUCCGAUGGUGAACGAUCUGUUCUGUCAGAAGUGAAUUCUAGAACAGACCUCGUGCCCCCACUGCCUGUGACCCGUGCCUCAGAUGCUCACGGUCCUCGUGGAUCAUCUGCACCGUUGAAUCAAAAGCGAAAUAAACUUGAAGGAAGUACAACAGAAAGAAAGCUGCAGACUGCAAGUGAUAACUGGGAUUCAAAAUACAAUGUUAAAACUUCUCGAACUAUACAGACACCAAGGAUAAAGAAUGACAGCUGAUUAUCAUUAACUUGGCAUCUCAAGAAAUUGUUGCCCAGGCCUUGAUGUACGGACAACUCUAUUUGCCAUAAUACAUUGCCUUGAGUGAAAACUUGUUUUGACAUUGUUUUAUUACAAUACAUCCUAUUUCUUCUGGAUUUUAUACUGAUCUCAAAUAUAUUGAUGACAGACUUUGGGACCAAGUACCUCCUUUUUUAAAUAUAUUUUCUAAAUGCAGCAAUAGAAGACUUUUCUAUACUUCUGUUUGUACUGAAAUUUUCAUUCCUGAUCAUCAAUACACUUGAACAAGGGUAAAGCAUACAAAUUUAUUUAACACUGGAAUGUUUAUCUAUUGCAUUCAAUACUUUCUAUACAGUGCUCUCAUGACAUUACCCUCAAUUGAAUGCAUCAGGUAAAAUAUUGUUAUUUCGUCUUAGAAAUGAAUGGUUUGUGCAGUUUUUGUAUGUCUCAGUACAUCUUAUAGUACUAUUUGUUUAGUAUUUCCAGUUUGCAGGAAUAUUUGUUUAGAUGCUAGUGUAUUGUCAAUAAAUAAAUGUUACCAUUUAUUGUG